UCAUCAUCUGUGACGAAUAAAACAAAAGGAACUUUUUUUUUUAUACGACUUUGCAUAGAAAUGUCGUCGUUUACAUGUGAAAGAAAGAAAAGCGACGAUUUGGAUCAUCAAGUUUGGGAUAAGGAUCGCGAGAUGAGAAUCAAGGAAGAAAAUCAAUUCGUUAAACGGAGCAUCGAAUAUUUUGGUUCUCGUUCAGCAACGGGUCUAACAAAAUUCGAUAGCAGUCCUGAGGAUGACGUAGUUUUUGUUUCCAGUAAGGAAAGCGAAUCUUCAGGCUUAUGGGUGAAUUAUCUUACAGCUUGCUUUGAGCAAAUCAGUCGACAACAGGGUCGGCCACCUUUUAAAGUGCGUCAUGUUGCGGUUGAAGAGUCACUUGCUCCAGGAACAGAAGAAAGGAUUAAGAGUGCUCGUUUGCAGAUUGUCGUAGUUUGUCCAAUCCUUUUAGAACGUGUUACGUGUCGACCAGAACAUGCAGCUAAUCUCUCGAGACAUUUAAUCAUCGAAAGAGUCCUAGCAAUGAUGCUGGGUGUGCAAGAUGGCGUCGUGACAGACACUCAUAAGUCAGCCCUGGUAUCUUAUAAUCAAUGGCGGAAGUUCUUCGUUAAGGAUCAGGAUGAAACUUUCGUUGGCGAGUUUCUAGGUGCUGCUAUUAGCAUUUUAGGCACUGCCCCACCUUCUACGCUUAGAAAUGAUAAGACUGUUUUUUCCGUCCAUCCGAAGAAAGUCAAAAUUGGUCAAAAUCGAAUCAUAGCUCUGUUAAAUGAUCCAUUACAUCCGGAUGAUAACGUAUCAGUUAUCGUUGAUCGUUGUGGAGAGGGUAUCGAUAUUCCUCACGUAAAAAGACGAAAUCCCUAUACUCUCCAAUUUUCCAUUCCUGAGAGAUGCCUUGAAGUAUCUAUGCUGGUAGGCGUUAGAAUAUCUAGGAAUGGUUGCCCACUUGGUGUUAGGCAGGUAAAAUGUGAGAGUAGACUGAGAGAAUUGGAUCAAAUUCUCAGAGCUCAUGACAAUCCUCUUGAGUUUAUGUGUCAGACUUUCGGUUUCCAUCCCGGAGAUCGCGAGCAAUUGGACAAUUGGAUGGUGCACGCAUUUCAGAGGAACGUCCCACCCCACUUUAACCUUUUAUCUACUCCAAACGAUAUUCUACCUACACCAAAAAAUCAUACAAGUCCUGAAGAGAAUCCAACACUUUUGCACUUUGCCGCACGUUUUGGAUUAGAAAGAUUGGCCUGGCAAUUAUUGGAGUGUCCUGGAGGAGAUUUAGCUUGCGAUUUGAGAAACGUUUCCGAAUUGACACCUGCCGAUCUUGCGGAGCAAGCUGGCCAUACAAGAUUGGCACAUCAACUACGUGGCUACAUGCAAAUGAACGAGUUCACCAACAUGUAUAGCUACCUGAAAGUAAUAAGCGAAAACACGUCGAGUCAGGCCACAGACAAUCAAUCGUCAAAUGACAAAAGUAACGAAAAAACAAACGAAACAAACAACGAAAAAACGAACGAAACUGAAGGUAACGAUGUUAAAGAAAAUAAAUGUGAAAAUAAGAACAACAAUGAGAAGAACAACGAUAGGAUUAACGAUCAAGAAGAUUAUUGUCGUCCUCGACCUCUCAGUGAAGCUUACUCGGUACCACCAGCUGCAAGACCAAUCACUAGUUUGAUUUUACCCACACAAUUGAUGACACCAUCUAACAUUAACUCGAACAAUCCCCUAGAAGCGAAUUAUUCCAUUGUUCCAGCACCCACACCAGUAAUUAUCUCACCUACGACUCCAACAUUCAUCCCAAAUGGUCUCGACCUACCACUUCAAGGUUAUAUGAAGAUGCACCCUGCUGGACCUAAAACUCCUACAUUAAAUGGAACCUAUCAGGUACCUUCUCGAACGGCCACACCAACGCAAAAUCGAUUAGAUGGCCAAAGUUCUUAUCCAGGAGGGCGUGAAGAUAGCCAGUGUUCAGUUUCCUGUGGAAGAACUUCUUCGAAUUCCAGUACGAGAUCAAAAGAACACUCGAGACCUCAGGAUGAGCUUCUCGAGAUUAUUAACGACUUCAAGAACAACGUCUUCACAAUAUCAGAAGUCGAGAGACUUGUUGAGAAUUGGAGAAACCGAAAUGACGUGCAACAAAGUUUCAAGGACAAGCAGAGGCAGCUGACUGCAAUGAGGGAAGAAUACGAGAGGAUACAGAAAAAGUUGAAAGAGGAGAUGAAAGCACCCACGCCUUUCGACAGAAUAAGAAAGUUCUUUUCAAAAGGGAAGAAAGAUCCCAAGGAUUCCACUAAUGGCACUGACGACUCCUCCCCAACAACAAAACCAGAAACCGUGAACGGAACCUUAGCAGAUCGUCGACCUGUCAGCAGCCUUAGCCUUGGCAGUGUUUCCAGUUCAUCGUCAUCUGGACGAAUGAGUACUGUCAGUGGUUGCAGUGGUACAAGCCUAGGUGAUAGUGGAACCCAUUCUGAUCCCGAAGACAAAAGAAUUCAAAACAGAGGAGAUAAAGCUGGCGUAAUGUCUUACGAAAUACCACCAACGCCAAAACCACUUGGUGAUACGUAUUCACCAGCUUUGCGGUAUUCUCCAUCACCUCGUUCUUCGACCGCAACAGACCUUGACCUUAGGCCAUCACAGCCACCAUCAAGAGCCCCAGACAACGAGUAUUACAUUGCCUUUCCACCGUCGGGAUUACCCGUACACUCUUUUAAAUCAGAUGGAUUACUGAGAGAACCCAUGACACCAGGCUCACCCAAUGAACAUCCUAAAUAUCUCGAACUUAAUCAAAACAUUACCGGAAAGAAAUUAGAUGGAGAAAACACGAAACAAUCCAAUACACAUAUUGAUCCAUCUUCGAUAAAUAUGACUUCGUCCGUUACACCUGUACCUCCUCCUGGAAUGUGUAUUCCUUCGAAUUAUGUCAAUACGAUGCCGGUAUGUGUCCAAACCACAAGGUCUCAUGACGCACUUCUGGAUAGUCUUGGCCGAUCUAUAGAAACAAAUUCCUCGAACUCAAUCGAAGUCGAAGCUAUUAUUGAACCUGUACCAUCGUCUAAUGACGAUAACGUAUCCGUCGAACAAAAUAAACUUCAUUCUGGUUCAGAAAGUAACGAGGAAUAUGUACAAACGGACGUUAAUAACGAAGACAACGGUAAAAUUCAUCACGAAUAUAUGAAUUUAGGAAUGAAUUCUCAAGACAUCGUAAGAAUCGUUGGCUCCAUUCCAAAGAAGUGGCCAGCUCCGCCUGUGCCACCACGAAGUAAGGAUCUUUAACAUGUUUUUUUUGUUCCCACUUACUCAGACAAAGAAUUAUUAUUAGAAACUAUCCCUUUUUACGGGUUCGAAUCAAUUCUCUACUAACACUUUCACACAUUACUACUAGAUAAUACUACCAAUUAGGUCGUAUAUUUUUACCAUCUUUCUCUGAAAUCAUCAACAGUACACGGUUUUUGUCUUUUACUUUUUUGGUUGGGGUCAUUCACUUAUCCGUGUUACUGAUCGUACUCACGUUGCUUGAUUUUAGUGAUCUAAAUAGAACUAGGAAUCCCAACGUGAAUUGAAUUAGUUUGAACAAAUGCUUUAUUUUGUCAUAAUAACAUUACAAUUUACAAAAUAGGAUUUUAUCAUUAAAAAAUGUAAUU